UCUAAUCUUCAUCUAUCCCCGGUCGUGUUUUUUUGCUCCGACACCGUUCUUGUAGUGUUCGAAUCAAAGGUUUUUUUGCAAUUUUUACAAUUUUGCCACUGGAGAUUCAAUGGCGAGGGAAAAGAUCAACAACUUAACGGCGAGGCAAGUGACGUUCUCGAAGCGACGGCGAGGGCUUUUCAAGAAGGCGGAGGAGUUGUCGGUGCUCUGCGACGCCGAGGUCGCGCUGCUCGUCUUCUCCGCUACCGGAAAGCUCUUCGACUUUUCCAGUUCCAGCGUUAAUGAUGUUAUUGCAAGAUACAAUUUGCACUCCAGUAACCUUGGAGAGUUGGAAGAUCCAUCCCUUGACCUACAGCUCGAGAAUAGCAGCCACGCUCGGUUGACCAAGGAAGUUGCAGAUAUGAGCCAUCAACUGAGGCAGAUGAGAGGAGAGGAUCUUCAAGGAUUGAAUUUAGAAGAUUUGAAGCAAUUGGAAGGAGUGCUUGAAAUAGGCUUAGCACGUGUUCUUCAAACCAAGGAAAGGAAGAUUAUGAAUGAAAUUAAUGCGCUUGAGCUUAAGGGAGCCAGAUUGAUGGAAGAGAACAGGACGCUGAAUCGGCAGAUGAUAAGGUUGUCGAAUCAAAGAAGGCCACUGCUGGUAGUUUCCGACGUUCCGGUGCCGGAAGACGGGGUUUCGUCGGACUCCGCCGCCAACAUGUACAGCUGCAACAGCGGCCCUCCCGCCGACGACGACAGCUCCGAUACCUCUCUCAAAUUAGGGCUUGCAUGCCCAAAUUGAGGUCAAAACUAGCGAAGAUGAGAAAAGGCAGAGAAUCAUUAAAAUUAAUGGUUGGAAUUUAAAACUUUAUUAAUAUAAAUGGCGAAUUUUAAUAUUUAGUUAU